AGGCAGGCUCUGCGCGGAGUUCCUCCUCGGCGGGAGGCGAGGUCCGAACUAGCGGGCACCCGGGGACAGAAGACAGAGGGCGGAGGCCAGCGCAGCCCGGCGGGUCGGCGUGAGGCGGCAGAUCUCAGGGAAGACCUGGGAGCCAGUGAAUUUCCAGUCACCUCUGGGUUGGUGGCCGACACCAGGAGGGUGCAGCGAGGACCACAAUGUCCAACCCCUUCCUGAAGCAGGUCUUCAACAAGGACAAGACCUUCCGCCCCAAGCGCAAGUUUGAGCCAGGCACCCAGCGGUUUGAGCUGCACAAGAAGGCACAGGCGUCACUGAAUGCGGGGCUGGACCUGAAGCUGGCCGUGCAGCUGCCCGCCGGUGAGGAGCUCAACGACUGGGUGGCAGUGCACGUGGUGGACUUCUUCAAUCGUGUCAACCUCAUCUACGGCACCAUUAGCGACGGCUGCACCGAGCAGUCCUGCCCCAUCAUGUCGGGAGGCCCCAAGUACGAGUACCGCUGGCAGGACGAGCACAAGUUCCGCAAGCCCACAGCACUGUCGGCCCCUCGGUACAUGGACCUGCUCAUGGACUGGAUCGAGGUGCAGAUCAACAACGAGGACAUCUUUCCCACCAACGUUGGCACGCCGUUCCCCAAGAACUUCCUGCAGGUGGUGAAGAAGAUACUGUCCAGGCUGUUCCGCGUGUUCGUGCACGUCUAUAUCCACCACUUCGACCGCAUCGCACAGAUGGGCUCCGAGGCGCACGUCAACACCUGCUACAAGCACUUCUACUACUUCGUCAAGGAGUUCGGACUCAUAGACACCAAGGAGCUGGAGCCACUGAAAGAAAUGACCGCACGGAUGUGCCACUGAGAGCCCCUGGGCCCCGCUGUCACCGGAGCAGUGCCAGGGGACACUUAGACUUGAGGGCCACCUUCCCGGAACAUGGACUGUGUUCCGCCCUGGCAGCUCGGUGACCUCCACAGCUGUCAGGUGGUGACCUCUGUGCCCCCAAUGCUGCACUGGACACCGGGGUUGAGUCCUCUCUCUGAUUCUGAGACGACAGCAGCUGUGGGUCCAUGCACCACGGGCCCAGCCUCCCAGAGCCCCACGGGGGCAGCUUGAACUUGAACUCUGUGAUUCUGUAUGCUGUGAGCAACUGGGAAAAUCCACUUUAUCUGUAAAGCACUUGGAUCUGCCUGAGGCUGGAACUCUGCUUGCCCUUCGCAGGUCUGUCCCGUAAUGCCCCUAGCGUGCUCGGCCAGGAGAGGACAGGCUGCACAGGCUGUCAGUCAGCAAAACAGGAACCCACCUCUGCUGGGCUUCAAGCCUCAGUUCCCUCGCUUGCCUCCUGAGCCCCAUGUCUGUGUCAUGAGAGGUACGACGUGCCCCUGGCUCUGUUCCCCUCCACCUCUCUUCCUCAGUCCCUCUGUUCCUUCAGGGCAUCCAAAACAUUUGGCUCAUCCGUCAGGGUUUCCUGGACCCCACAUCUGCACCCCAGGUUUCCCGGAGCCCUUUCACAUAUCAUAAAAGAUCGAGUUUCUGUUUAUUUUUAUAUUUUUGUUAAUACUCACCCGAUGAUAUUUUUCCCAUUGAUUUUUUUAGAGAGAGUGAAAGGGAGGGAGGGAGGGAGGGAUGGGGAGAGACAGAGAGAAACAUCGAUUGGUUGCUUCCCGCACACACAGCUAACGGGGCUGGGGAUCAAACCUACAACUCAGGUACGUGCCCUUGACUGGGAAUUGAACCUGCAACCCUUUGGUCUGUGGGACAACACUCUAACCAUUGAGCAACUCCAGCCGGGGCAAAGAUUGAGGUUUUUAUACAGUCGCACUGACAACCACCUUGAGAUGGAUGUUAAAGGAAAACAGCUUUUUAUCUAUAAACUAGAGGCCCAGUGCACGAAAUUCA